UGGGUCUGGCAGUGGUUUGGUUCUUGGUUGAACACCCCGGGGAGAAAAUAUCGCUCGCUUCAUUCUAGCUGUGUCCCUGGGUUCUUCCAUGUUCCGUCAUAUAUGUGGGGAAAUCGAGAUUGCAGCUGAGCGUGAGGCCCACUCUUGAUGAAUUGUUGCCGAAUACGGCAAAGAACACACCAUUCAAGGUUGAACUUAAAAAGGCCAACUACCGACACUUGUGGUUGGGAUUUUCGUUUGAGAUUUGUCAUCUUGCAGAUUGUCAGCCCGCCACUGCGCACACAGUGCCACACCACAACACCAUGAAAGCCUGAGAAUUACGACAUCCGUCUCGAUCGACAUUGCUCAGCUCCACCAUGUCGGCAGCUGAGGUUCAGGCUUCAGUCACACUAGGCUGUUCUUGGAUGGUAGCGGAGUGUUCCACCACCACUUCCAAGGUUAUCUUCAUGCGCGACGAGAUUAGGGCUUGUCGGGGCUGAUCGGGUGGGUCAGCGCAGAUGAUGAACCACUACGAAAUACUUAAGCUUGCCAUUCAAAAGUGACCCAUGCUCGUUGGAGAAUAUAUGCUGCUUUAUAUGAUAUAUGAUAUGGCGAGUCACGACGGCAAGCUGCAAAUCCUCAUCACGGGGGCUGCGGGGUUCCUCGGGUCCAACCUCGCAGAUUACCUCCUUGCAAAGGGCCAUGUAGUCAUUGGAAUGGAUAGCUUCCAAACAGGUUCUCCCCGGAACCUAGACCACCUAAGGAGCCAUCCCGACUUUAAAUUGGUCAAUCAAGAUAUCCAAAUGCCCUUGGAGGAUGUGAGCCAGAUCGAUCAGAUUUACAACCUCGCAUGCCCAGCCAGUCCGAUCCAGUAUCAAAAAGACCCGAUCUCAACACUAAGGACAUGCUUCCAGGGAACACAAAACGUGCUCGACUUAGCUAUAUCGAAAAACGCCCGCGUCUUGCAUACUAGCACAUCAGAAGUAUAUGGUGAUCCCCUAGUUCACCCCCAACCCGAAACGUACUGGGGAAAUGUCAACCCCUUCGGGAAGCGAUCUUGCUACGAUGAAGGGAAGAGGGUAGCAGAAGCACUGUGCUAUGCUUACCGUGAACAGCAACGCGCCGAUAUCCGUAUUGCUCGUAUUUUCAACACAUAUGGCCCUCGCAUGAAUGGUAGCGAUGGUCGGGUCGUGUCAAACUUUAUCGUUGCUGCAUUGUCCGGUGACGACCUGAAGAUCACCGGCGAUGGAUCUGCAACGCGGUCUUUCCAAUAUGUCACGGACUGUAUGGAAGGACUCUAUCGCCUAAUGAACAGUGACUACAGUGAGGGUCCUGUCAAUAUCGGAAAUGAUGGGGAGUUUACUAUCCAACAACUAGCAGAAAUGACAGUUGGUCUUGUGGCCGAAAUGACCAAUCAGCCUAAGGUCAAUAUUACUUACCAUCCACGCCCGGCGGAUGAUCCCGCUGUUCGUCGGCCGCAGAUCUCGCUGGCCAAAGCCGUGUUGGACUGGUGCCCAACAAUCCCCUUGCGAGAAGGGUUGCGAAGAACGAUUGAGUGGCAUGUAAGCGAGCGAGUCGUGUCCUAG